UAGGGUUUUAAGCUCUCCAGGCUUCUCGGCUGCUUCUCCGAAGAGCGGAAGGGGAGAAGGAGAGAGGAAGAGAUGGAUAAGAGUAUGUUUGGCGAUGUGGAAUCCCUCGCGGAGGAGGACAAAAUUCGGAUGUCAACCAUGAUCGAUCAGCUCCAGAUCCGUGACAGUUUGAGGAUGUACAACGCACUAGUUGAGCGAUGCUUCUCUGAUUGUGUGGAUACUUUCCGGCGCAAGUCUCUCGACAAGCAAGAAGAAUCAUGUGUCCGCCGUUGCGCUGAAAAGUUUUUGAAGCAUUCGAUGAGAGUCGGCAUGAGAUUUGCAGAGCUCAACCAGGGAGCUCCCACACCUGACUAACUUCUUCACCUAAUAAGAAAACCAAAGCACCACCUUAGUUUACUGUCAGCAUACCAGAGUUUUCCUACUCAAGUGUUUCAUCUUUGUGAGUUUUGUUGUAAUAAAAAAUUCAAGAUUUUUAGAGCAUCUUUGAAACUCUGGUAAUCAAACAAAUUAAUUAGUCAUUGUUUUGUAAUUGAAGUUCAUAACAUCUUUGAAGGCAAAUUCAGCCUUUUAUUAUUC